UUACGGAAAAAUUGUAAUAAUUUAAACAAAAUAAAAAAAUCAUUCUAAAAUUAAUUGUAGUAUAUUUAAAGAAAUAUCAAUAACGCUCCAUUAUUGUUACAUUCAGUUUAAUUAUGUAUUGAUACAAAAGAAAAGAAAAUUAAUAUUUUUAAUUAAUUUAAUUUUUAAUUUUGACAUUAUUUAAAAAUGAGUUCAGACGAAAAUACAAAUGCUGUAAGCACAGAUGUGGUACCCGAAACAAAUUCAGCGGGCACAGAAACAACACCAGAAACAGACCAAAGGCAGCCCACGAAAUUUGAAUCAUUUUUCGCAUUUACAAAAUCGUUAAUAAUUCGAGCAUUAGUUAUAUAUUUCAUCUCAUCGUUUUUCCGUCGUCCCGGAACUACUCCACCUGUAACAGCUCCAAAUGGCAGUGGAGCUCCAGCUGUUGCAAACACACCCGCGUGGAACAUGUUCAGUAAUGGCACUGAAUACGACUUAUAUGUGUAUGUUUCUGAAGAUGAAUAUGUGGAAGACUUUAAUAAUUUAAGGCUUUUCUGGUUCAAAGAAGGGUUGAUUUAUGGUGAUUGGUAUUCAGGUGAAAACGGAGACGGUAGCUAUACGUAUUAUGAAAAAAUUCCCACAAAUGAGAAAAUUCGUAAUAAUGGAAGUAUUUUCAUGCACUCUUACAUUGUACAAACGGGUAAAUCGCCAAAUCCAAAAUCUUUGGAUGGCAAUUAUGCAGGCCCUUAUAAAUCAUACAUGCGUAAACAAUUAAAUAAAUAUCGAAAACAACGGUAUAUGAAAACAAAAAAUUUACUUACUGGAGAAACUGACAGAACAGCCGAAGAAAUUGCAAAAGUUGAAAAAGGUCUCAAAGAAGAAAUAAUCAGUUAUUGGCAUCCGAAUCUAACAGUGAAUAUUGUGACAGAUCAAACAAAUUGGGUGUUAGGAUCUGUACCACCUCCCUUAGAUGAAUACAUUGAAUUUAUACCAGGAACAAAUAAAUAUAAACCUGUAUUAUUCGCCAACGAAUUUUGGAAUAUGUUACGUGAUUAUGAUCCAAUUAAUGAAACAGUUAAAGAACUUGAAUUACGCUUAACAUUCCAACCAUUAAGUUUAUUUAAAUGGCAAUUGUAUUCAGCGCAAGCAAUGCGUAAUAAAUGGACAGCAGGUAUGUUCGGUGAAGCAUUCCAAACUGAUGAAGAUGAUGCCGAUCAAGAUACAUUAAAAGAAACAUUAUUAGAAACAUCACCAUAUUUAUUAGCUGCCACAGUUAUAGUUUCAAUAUUACAUUCGAUUUUUGAAUUAUUAGCGUUUAAGAAUGAUAUCCAAUUUUGGAAUAAUCGUAAAUCGUUAGAAGGACUUUCAGUUCGUUCAGUAUUUUUUAAUGUGUUCCAAUCGUUAAUUGUUUUAUUAUUCGUGUUGGAUAACGAAACCAAUAUGGUUAUUCGUAUAAGUUGUUUUAUCGGUUUAGCAAUUGAAGUAUGGAAAAUUCAUAAAGUGGUCGAUGUAAGCAUUGAUCGUUCUCAACAAAUUCUUGGAAUAUUUCCAAAGAUUAAAUUAACAGAUAAAGGAUCGUAUGUGGAAUCAAGUACCAGAGAAUAUGAUACAAUGGCAUUUAAAUAUCUAUCGUGGGCUUGUUUCCCAUUGUUAGCUGGUUACGCUGUAUAUUCUUUAAUAUAUUUAGAACAUAAAGGAUGGUAUUCAUUUAUUUUGAAUUUAUUAUAUGGAUUUUUACUAACAUUUGGUUUUAUCAUGAUGACACCACAACUUUUUAUCAAUUAUAAGUUGAAAUCUGUUGCCCACUUACCAUGGCGUAUGAUGUCAUACAAAUUUUUAAAUACAUUUAUUGAUGAUAUUUUUGCAUUUGUUAUUAAAAUGCCAACUAUGUAUAGAUUGGGAUGUUUUAGAGAUGAUAUUGUAUUUAUAAUUUUCUUAUAUCAACGUUGGAUAUACAAAGUAGACGUUAAACGUGUGAAUGAAUUUGGAUUUUCGGGUGAAAUGGAACAACAAUCAAAAUCACAAGUAGCAAUUCCAGAACAAGAUACGCAAGAGAAAAAGGAUAAUUAGGGCAAUUUUUAAAGUAAUCUAGUUAAAAUUUUGUUGUUUUUAUAAUAAUAUAUUAUUAAUAUGUGUUCAGU